ACCAUUUCGCGGUCACAGGCAAAGUUGAUCAUCUCGUGUUCAACUGGAAACAUGUUAUUGAGUUUUAUUACAAUUUUAUCUCAAGUUAAAUGUCAAGUGUUGAGUAUAAGUGGACAAAAUACUUUAAGAAACAGUUUACCGUCUUGAUCAAGUGUUAAAUUAGUUGUUUUAUUUAGUAAAUUUAAGAAAAAGUUUAUUUAAUUUUCGACCAUGCCGAAAGGAAAGAGAAAAGGGAGGUCUGAUCGUAAUCGUAAUGAUGGCUCAUUACAUUCUUCCGACGACGAUUCCAAUAAUAAUGAUAACCUAAGUCUCAUAAGUAACUGCUCAGAGACUCGCAGCGAAGACGGCGAGGAAAGCAGCGAGCUAGCCCAGGAACAAUUCGAGGAAAAAUUAUGCGAAUUACUCGACGGUUUGUCACAGAAGUCGUCACAAGGACGGACAAAUUGUUUCCAGUCACUCGCCAAAGGUUUAGUGAAGAAAUACAUACCUAACUUCAUUAGAGACAGGUACUUCACAAUUUGUGACAGCAUAGAGAGAAGUUUGAAGAAAGGUGGUGGAUCAGAGAAGGCGGCAGCUGCUGAACUGGCGACGAUCAUCUGUGUGCAGUUAGGCGGGGAAGAUACUAGCGAAGAAAUCUACCGUAUGCUCAAACCCGUUUUGUUUACCACAAUUUGUGACAAUACAGUUUCUGCUACCGUGAGAGCCAAAAGCUGCGUAGCGCUCGGUACGAUCACUUUCUUGACCGGCGGCGACCUGGGCGAAGUAAUCAUACUGAUGCAGCAACUUCAAGCCAUAUUUUCCGCUAGUUAUUUAAAGGGAGAUGGAGCGCUGGCCAACGUCGCUCCAGAAAGUGCGAUCCUCCACGCGUCGGCGCUCUCGACUUGGAAUCUUCUACUUACGUUGAUCAGCCCCGGGAGCAUCGGGGGCAUGCUCAAUACCAAGAGCCUACCGUCUCUAGAGAAACUCUCUGAACUUCUGGAGUCGUCGCAUUUGGAGGUUAGGAUGGCUGCGGGAGAGGCUCUGGCGUUGAUUUACGAAUUGGGCAGAGAGGAGGAUGAGGAAUUCGAGGAAGAUUUCGCACUGGACGUAACGGAGACUCUCAAACAGCUCGCUACCGAUUCCCAUAAAUAUAGGGCGAAGAAGGACAGGAAACAACAGAGGGCCACUUUCAGGGAUAUCCUGCAGUUCGUUGAGAAUGGUACUAUCCCCGAGGUUCAAGUAAAGUUCGGCAAAGACCUCGGCAAGGAAGUACUGGUGUUGGAUACCUGGACCAAAAGGAAGCAGUACGAGUCGUUGUGCAACAUUCUAGGACCCAGCAUUAAUAUCCAUCUAACCGAAAACUAUUUGUUGAGGGACAUAUUCGAAAUAGCGGGCGCUCCGCCUACUUCAAUUCUGCCACCUGACGCUUUGCGAAAGAUGCAACGGUAUCGACAGCGAUUUGUGAACGCAGUAAACUACAAAGCGCGGACAUUGUCCAGAGCCAAAAAUAGGGAUAAACGAUCAGACUUUUAACACAUUACUGCUAGUGGGAUUUUAUUUUCUAUUUAUUUAGCACAAUUUUUAAUAUAAAAUUUCUAUUAAUAAUAUAUAUGAGUGUAUAUUUAUUAAAACAUUUGGAUCAGAGUUAUAAUUAUUGAAUUUUAUUGUAACUUAAUUGUAAGUAGCGUCUGUGAAUUACUGUGUUGUGCGUGUGUAGCACACUUAAUUUUAUCUAGUAAGAAGUGAAUUUGUCUUUGAUUUGUAAUAUAUAAGAUUUUUGUCACUUAAGGACA